AUACGUAUAUGUAUAUGGCAUAAUGAUAUGUAUAUGGCAAAAUAUCUCUUGGCCCGUAUGGGCCUUACGAGUCGACCAAGCUUGUCUCUUCUGGAAAUCUAACUUAUCCGGAGCUCCGGGCCCCUUUCCCUUCUUCGAUUACUCUUCUGCUAGUCAUCCAUCCACCGAUGAAUUAGAGGGGCAAUCAUGGCGUCGUGGCUAGCAGCUGUGAGUACAGCCGCCUUGCCCAUUAGUGUGGCGUACCUUGCGUACAACGUGGGGAGCUUGGGACCCAGCACAUCCACCUCCACAGAUACCCCAGCCAGCGCAAGCACAGCAGAUGCGCUAGAUGGAUUGGGUCGCAGCGGCGGAGCUGCCCUGGAGAAGCUGGACAACACUGGCAGCGCUGCUACUGACGGGCUGUCAGUAGCAUUUGACAGGGGGAUGAGCAAGGUUGCCGUUGCAACGAUGGUGGCGGGGGGUGCCAUUGCCGCGGGGCUUUUGGCGUGCGCAUGGGCGCUGGUGCGGCUCAGCAGCAACGACAGCUCGAGCAAGCCAGCCACAAAAAAAUGCCAGCAAUAAAUGGGCAGCAGCCGCAACAUUAGCACAAGCGCAGUCUCGGACAGACCCAGCAUGCGGGGCAGCGGCAUUUCUAUUUUCACGCGGUCUUUCCGCUGCCAGGAGCACAGGUGCAAGCACGCAUUGCUGACCAACCUGUCGAGGGUAGUGUUAUCCAGGAGAGGUAGGGGUGACUUACCAGGUAGAGGCAUAGGGACUGUGCAGGUUGGGCAUAUGUAUAUGACAGAAUGGCGCAUAGCACAGUGUAAAUUUGCGGGCUGGUAGAUACCGGAGUCAUCCGUGGAAGCUGCAGGUUACCUGAGGUAGAAAUUGAACAUGGCCAAAUGGGUCUGCAGCGACGCCCUGUUCUUCUUCUUGUGAAACCAGGUCCGUUCGCGCCUGUUGGACGGCGACGUGAGGACCUGUGCGGCAGGCCGCAAGCAUGCAGCUACUCUGCUACAUGCAUGGAUAUCAUUCUGGGCAAGCAAGAUGCGACAAGACCAUCAGCCCAUGCAAUGACCUUGCACCUGUAGAGCCAAUCUGUGCCCCAGGAAUAUGAACGUUGUCGCUACGGGGGCUGGUGCUACUUAGUAGCCUACCUUGAUGAACCACUCCUACUGCUCCCAGCGGCUCGCCACGCUGUCCCCCUCGGGCAGCUCGCCCGCCACCAAUUCCGCCAGGGACUGCACAAGUGUGUGACGCAUGCACGGUCCACGUUAGUGAUUGUCUAUAUACCGGUAACAAGUUCCAAC